AUGCCGUGGUGCAGACCAGCGACAUCUGAAAAGCUUAUUCGGGAGUUCCUGUACUCUGGAUCCAUUGUCAGGUCAGACCUGAAUGUUUUAAAACGCGUUGCUUUUCGCGCAUUAAAUAUGUGAUUGUGUCGGGGUUUAGCAAAGUGUGGUCAAUGAGCUUGCUCUUUCUUAUUGCGCAGCACGAACGACGUUUUUAAGUGGCGCACACACAAACCAUGCCAAAGCAAUCGAGUACUGUUGAUCUGUUGACUGCAUCAAUCGGAAAUUAACGACUAGACAGACUACUUUUAUGGGAUUACCAUACCAUCUGUUAGCAAAAUUGCAACAUGUUUUAGAGAACUCUAUGUGCAUUAUGUCGUAGUAGAGGGUGUAAAAAAAAAAGAGCAAGCUACAGUAGCGUUAUCUAAUGUUUAUAGAAAGAUCUGUCUGUCAAGCGGACAGGACAGCCUAUCGUCGGCUGGAGAACAUGUGUCGUGUCGUGCUUGGCAAAUGAAAUGGGGCGACAGCAAACUAACUGGUUUAAUUGGACUUACAUGAACCAGGAAUUAUCUAGUUCACAGGUUUAGUUAGCUAAAUUGGGCUCCACUGCUGCUGCUUUGGAUACAUUAGAGUUAGUUAGAUAUGGACAUACGAUCUAUUCAGUGUAAGUAAAGGGAAACGCAUGUGUUGUCCAAACAGUUCAGCCUUGUCAGUGAAACUGCCAAUAAUAUGUAUAGCUUUGGAAUAUUUUUCAGGAACAAAAUUAUGAAAAACUGGGGAGUCAUUGGUGGAAUAGCGGCUGCCAUGGCUGCUGGAGUAUAUGUUCUAUGGGGUCCAAUUACAGACAGCAAGAAAAGGAAGAAAGGUAAGCUUGCCCAGUGUCUGUGUUGACAGUUUAAGACAGGAUCACUAAUGUUAUGUAAGUGGAUGUUUAUGAGGGCCAUUGACUGUAUACUAAAAAAAAGUAUCCACCAUAGGCAUGGUACCAGGCCUGCUGAACCUGGGAAACACCUGCUUCAUGAACUCUCUGCUCCAGGGCCUGGCAGCCUGCCCUUCCUUUGUCAAGUGGCUGGAGGAGUUAACUAGCCGCAAAGGUGUGUCAGAUGGUGAGCCAGAGAAGGACCCUAAACUUUCCAGAACUCUCCUGCAGCUUCUCAAAGGUAGUGUUCUGUGAUGGGCGGAGAAGGAAUCAGAAUCUCUGUUCACUCAAUUGUUACACUCUAUGGGUGCAACCCAAAUGGCACCCUAUACCCUACAUGGUGCACUACUUUUGACCAGGGUCUAUGUAGUGCACUAUAUAGGGAAUAGGGUACCAUUUGGGAUGUAGCCUGACAGUGGAUUCUCUGAAUUGCAGCACUGUCAAACGACCCUGGGGAGGAGGAUGUGCUGAAUGCAGGGUGUCUGCUGGAGGUCCUCAGACUCUACAGGUGGCACAUCAGUUCCUUUGAGGAACAGGUGCGUUAUCCUUACUUGUUAAGCAUUAGUGAUACAUUUUUCAGAGCAUUCAAUUCAAGUCAAAAUGAUUGUCUUAAAUCUGUUCCCCAUAAGAAUUCUGCUCCACGUUCAAAACAAAUUGAAAGGAAACCCUUCCAGUCGAAGCUCGCAUCCAUUACAAGACCAUGGUACUUGCCAAUGGCGCAGCAAGAGGAACUGCCCCUCCCUACCUUCAGGCUAUGCUCAAACCCUACACCCCAACCCGAGUACUCUGUUCUGACACGUCUGGUUUCUUGGACCUCCCACCCCAGCUCCCGCUCAGCCCAUUCAAAGCUCUUCUCUGUCCUGGCACCCCAAUGGUGGAACCAGCUUCCCCCUGAAGCUAGGACAGCAGUGUCCCUGCCCAUCUUCCGAAAACAUCUGAAACCCUACCUCUUCAAAGAGUAUCUUAAAUAAUCCCCCCCCCCCCCCAAAGAACAACUUGCCUUUUUGUAAACUAACACUCAAACUUGACUCCCUCCCCUACUAGCACUGACUGCCGAUAGCUACUUUGAGGAAAAAUGUACUUACUAUACUGAACAAAAAUAUAAAUGCAACAAUUUCAAAUAUUUGACUGAGUUACAGUUCAUAUAAGGAAAUCAGUCAAUCGAAAUAAAGUCAUUAGGCCCUAAUUCACAUGACGGCAGGGGUACAGCCAUGGGUGGACCUGGGAGGGUAUAGGCCCACCCACUGGGGAGCCAGGCCCAGCCAAUCAGAAUGAGUUUUUCCCCACAAAAGGGCUUUAUUACAGACAGAAAUACUCCUCAGCACCCCCCACCCCGCCUCAGACGAUCCCGCAGGUGAAGAAGCCGGAUGUGGAGGUCCUGGGCUGGUGUGGUAACACGCGGUCUGUGGUUGUGAGGCCGGUUGCACUUAGUGCCAAAUUCUCUAAAAUGACGUUGGAGGCAGCUUAUCAAAUCAAAUCAAAUGUUAUUUGUCACAUACACGUGUUAAGCAGAUGUUAUUGCGGGUGUAGCGAAAUGCUUGUGCUUCUAGCUCUGACAGUGCAGUAAUAUCUAACAAGUAAUAUCUAACAAUUUCACAACAUAUACCUAAUCACACAAAUCUAAGUAAGGAAUGGAAUUUAUGAAUAUAUACGUGUAUGGACAAGCAAUGACAGAGUGGCAUGGACUAAGAUACAGAAUAAUAUUAUAGAAUAGAAUACAGUAUAUACAUAUGAGAUGAGUAAUGCAAGAUAUGUAAACAUUAUUAAAGUGACUAGUGUUCCAUUUCUUAAAGUGGCCAGUGAUUUCAAUAGGCAGCAGCAGCCUCUGUGCUAGUGAUGGCAAUUUAACAUCACUUCAUGAUGGCCUUGAGAUAGAAGCUGUUUUUCAUUCUCCCGGUCCCAGCUUUGCUCGCUUAUGGUAGAAAUUAACAUUACAUUCGCUGGCAAUAGUUAUGGUGGACAUUCCUGCACUCAGCAUGCCAAUUGCAUCUCCCUCAACUUGAGACAUCUGUGGCAUUGUGUUGUGUGACAAGAGCUUUAGUGAGGUUGGGCACUGAUGUUGGGCGAUUAGGCCUGGCUCGCAGUCGCCGUUCCAAUUCAUCCCAAAGGUGUUUCGAUGGGGUUGAGGUCAGGGCUCUGUGCAGGCCAGUCAAGUUCUUCCACACCGAUCUCGACAAACCAUUUCUGUAUGGACCUUGCUUUGUGCAUGGGGGCAUUGUCAUGCUGAAACAGGAAAGGGCCUUCCCCAAACUGUUGACACAAAGUUUGAAACACAGAAUUGUCUAGAAUGUCAUUGUAUGCUAUAGUGUUAAGAUUUCCCUUCACUGGAACUAAGGGGCCUAGCCCAAACCAUGAAACCAGCCCCAGACCAUUAUUCCUCUUCCACCAAACUUUACAGUUGGCACUAUGCGUUGGGACAGGUAGCGUUCUCCUGGCAUCCAACAAACCCAGAUUAGUCCGUCGGACUGCCAGAUGGUGAAGUGUGAUUCAUCACUCCAGAGAACGCGUUUCCACUGCUCCAGAGUCCAAUAGCGGCGUGCUUUACACCACUCCAGCUGACGCUUGGCAUGCGGCUGCUCGGCCAUCGAAACCCAUUUCAUGAAGCUCCCCACAAACAGUUAUUGUGCUGACGUUGCUUCUAGAGGCAGUUUGGAACUCGGUAGUGAGUGUUGCAACGCGCUUCAGCAUUCGGUGGUCCUUUUCUGUGAGCUUGUGUGGCUUACCAUUUUGCGGCUGAGCCGUUGUUGCACCUAGACGUUUCCACUUCACAAUAACAGCACUUACAGUUGACCGGGGAAGCUCUAGCAGGACAGAAAUUAGAAGAACUGACUUGUUGGAAAGUCACUGAUUUCUUCAGUAAGGCCAUUCUACUGCCAAUGUUUGUCUCUGGAGAUUGCAUGGCUGUGUGCUCAAUUUUAUACACCUGUCAGCAACGGGUGUGGCUGAAAUAGCUGAAUCCACUCAUUUGAAGGGGUGUCAACAUACUUUUGUGUAUCUUAAGAUUAAUGCACUAACUGUAAGUCGCUUUGGAUAAGAGCGUGUGCGAUAUGACUUAAAUGUGUAUGUAAAUGUAAUGUGUAUGGUAUAUUGGUUUAAUCUCUCGUCCCUAUUUACAUUUCUUAGGAUGCCCAUGAGCUCUUCCAUGUCCUCACCUCUUCCCUGGAGGAGGAGCGAGACCGACAGCCCAAAGUCACCCACCUCUUUGACAUUCAGUCCCUUGAGGUCAGUUGCUCUUAUCCCUCUCCUUCCUUUAACACUCACAGCCCUGCUCAGUUUUGUCUCUUUCAGCACAGUGUGUUUUUGAUGCAAGUUAAUUGUAUAUUUGCCUUCUGACUUCUGUUCUUUUGUUUUUGGCAUCAGAGUCUCCCAGAUAUAGAUGAGAAGACCUUGAGCUGCAAGAGUCGAGGUAAGGAGACAAAUAGUGGUUUGGAAUAUGUUACUGGAUAAGUAGGUUUUGGGAAAAUAUGAAAACUACUUUUGCUCUUCCAGGCCCUCUUCAUCCUAUACGAAGUCCUUGGAAGUUUCCACAUCCUUUCCAUGGCCGCCUAACAAGCAACAUGGCAUGCAAGCGUUGCGAACAACAGGUGAUUAAUUUUUAUUUUAUUAUUCAUAUCACGUGAAUAUCAGAUAUUUGGCAGUGUACUGUCUUUAAAUCAGUGGUUUGUUUGUGCUAUUAAUUCCCUUUUCUUGUUUGCAGAGUCCAGUGCGAUAUGACUCUUUCGACAGCCUCUCCUUAUCCAUCCCUUCGCCGCAAUGGGUAAGCAGAAUGGGUGACGGGAGAAAAAAUACAUGAAGGAAACCUUCAAAUCAUUAAGGUGACGGUUUUCCGUGAUAUGUGUACACCAAGGAUGCAGGAGCAAAAGCUUGCACGAGUUCGGGUAACCCUGUUUUACAUGACUGUAUGUAAAUAAAUGGCUUGUGAGCUACAGUAUAUGCAAUGUGCUGAGGACUGAUAGAGUAUAUUUCCCUUAGGGCCAGCCUGUCUCUCUGGAUCACUGUCUCCAGCAUUUCAUCUCUUCAGAGACCAUUAAAGAGGUGGAGUGUGAAAACUGCACCAAGGUACUAGUCUUCACUCUUAUUUGGUUGGUGAGUUAGUUAAGAAAAAGGAACUGUACAUCUGUGAGCCUAUGGGUAUGUUACUAUUGGAGCUUUGGAAUGAACCUUGUUUUGGCAUCUUCUCUCCCGUUAGCUUCAACAAGGAGCCUUAGUGAAUGGGCAUGUCCUCGAAAGCCAGAGGACAACCUUCAUCAAACAGCUUAAACUGGGAAAGGUAAUGGUGCACUGCCAGAUUUAAGUCCCACUAACUACAUUUCCAUCCAGUUUUUGUGCAAGUAAAGUCAAACCGUAUAAAGAAAAUCACUGUGAUGGACACAGGAAGUUUCGUCAAAAUUUUAGAAAUGCCGACAGAAUUUGUUCUUUCAGCAUGGUGGGAUCUUUUUGUGUUGGUAAAAUUAAUUCUGCAAGAAAUGGUGGUGGAAACAUCUUUAUGCACAAAUAUUGAUAUGAUAACCAUCAUAUCGAAGUAAACUUUGAGUUACGCAAUGAUAUGGUGUGUGGUCCUCCCACUACGACUCAGGAAACCAUGCAGUUUAUUAGGCUACAGUGCCCUACAAAGGCAAAACGCAGUAACUAUGAAGUUGGUCAAAUCUUUGAUCUGUUGUAAUGGCCAGGUAUAUUAUUUGAUUAAUGUUGGUAUUUAGUUUCUUGACACAAGAACAUGCCAGUUGAUCAGAGUAUAUCAUGGAAUAUCAGAAAUGCCUGUCUGUCUAGACAGAAAAAGAUUUUGAAGUCAUAUUUUGCCUUUUGUAGUGCAGUACAGAUUAAAUAAGUUAUGAACUUCACAGGGUGGUGAAAGUGCACGGUGAUGAGCUUGAUGCUCCUUUCCAAUAAAUAUCAAGGGUCGUAUUUUCGGUAGAGUUGAAAAUGCGAUGGAAACACAUUGGACUUUAUAUUUUUAUUCGGUACAUCAAUCAAAUAUAUUUAUAAAGCCCUUUUUACAUCAGCAGAUGUCACAAAGUGCUUAUACAGAAACUCAGCCUAAAACCCCAAAGAGCAAGCAAUGCAGAUGUAGAAGCACGGUGGCUCGGAAAAACUCCCUAGAAAGGCAGGAACCUAGGAAGAAACCAGGCUCUGAGGGGUGGCCAGUCCUCUUCUGGCUAUGCUGGGUGGAGAUAAGAGUACAUGGCCAUUAAGGCCAGAUCGUUUUUCAAGAUGUUCAAACGUUCAUAUAUGACCCACAGGGUCAAAUAAUAAUCCGUGGUUGUAGAUGGUGCAACAGGUCAGCACCUCAGGAGUAAAUGUCAGUUGGCUUUUCAUAGCUGAGCAUUCAGAGGUCGAGAUAGCAGGUGCGGUAGAGAGGGAGAGAUGGAGAGAUGGAGGGAGGGAGAGAUGGAUGGGGGGGGAGGGAGGGAGAGAUGGAUGGGGAGAGGGAGGGAGAGAUGGAUGGGGAGAGGGAGGGAGAGAUGGAUGGGGAGAGGGAAGGAGAGAUGGAUGGGGAGAGGGAAGGAGAGAUGGAGAGGGAGGGAGAGAUGGAUGGGGAGAGGGAGGGAGAGAUGGAUGGGGAGAGGGAGGGAGAGAUGGAUGGGGAGAGAUGGAGAGGGAGGGAGAGAUGGAUGGGGGGAGGGAGAGAUGGAUGGGGAGAGGGAGGGAGAGAUGGAUGGGGAGAGGGAGGGAGAGAUGGAUGGGGGAGGGAGGGAGGGAGAGAUGGAUGGGGAGAGGGAGGGAGGGAGAGAUGGAUGGGGAGAGGGAGGGAGAGAUGGAGAGGGAGGGAGAGAUGGAUGGGGAGAGGGAGAAAACAACAUGAAAACAUAAGUGAAAAAGUACAUUUUGUGUGCACUACAUCAUCACACAAUGAUUUUUAUCUGCAACAAGUCAGUUUGGUGGGAAAAUUUACAUAUAUUCAUUAUGCAGAUUUUAGAAUAUUCACAUGAAAAUCUGUCAUCAAUUGGAUGGAAACCUAGCUAUUGUGACCUACUUGAUGAUAUGUGAAACAAUUGCUGUGUACUAAAUGGUUUCACUGCUUUACUGGUAUCCCCCUGCACACAUCACUAUCAGAUGCAUUUAUGUGUCUGGCUUCAGCAUAUCAUCCUUGUCCUCAGUUAUGUGACAUACUGUAUACAGGUAUAUGACGAUGUGUGUUUGUGUGACUCCUCCCUCCAGCUCCCCCAGUGUCUCUGUAUUCACCUGCAGAGACUGACGUGGUCUAAUGAGGGUAUGCCCAUAAAGAGACAGGAACAUGUCCAGAUCUCAGAGUACCUGUCUAUGGACCGCUACAAACACCGCGCAACCAUUCAGAGGCUCCAGCACAUCAACUGUACUCCCAAAACCAUUAAAGCAGAGGACUCAAGAGAGGCUGCAGAUAAGACCACUCCCAAUGGCAAAGGUACGGUGAAAGCACUUGAAAAUUGUCUUCCUGGGACUAAAUGGCUUGUCUUAAGACUUAUUAUGACUUUCUUUCAGCUUGAGAGGACUCAGAACUGUCAUGAUUGUUCUUAUCAGGUUGUUGGAAAUUGGCCAUAGAUGGUUUGGGAUUUGUUAAAAGAACAGAAAUACUCCAGAUUACUCUCAUAAUGUAAUUGUUGUUUUACAGACCCAUGAAAGGCCUUGUACAACAGUAAGAUCAUACUGUAUUCUACUUAUUUUCAGAUGUAGAACACCAUAACAACAACAAGCCUCUGUCCAAUGGAACAUGUUCGUCUGUCUUUCUCCAUUCUCCUGGGUUGAACCCACAGGUCAACCUCACAUAUGACUACAGGUAAACAAAACCUGAUCAUCUUAAACAGCCUUUUCAUAUCAAUAAAGAGAAGACGCAAUAUUACAAAAUCAGAUAAAUUCUCUUGGAAUUAUAGUGUGUACUCUGAUAACACUGUUGAAUACACCAUGUCUCUCCACAGCUCCUCAGAAUACCUAUUUCAACUGAUGGCUGUGUUGGUUCACCAUGGUGACAUGCACUCAGGACACUUUGUCACGUACCGCCGCUGCCCUCCCUCGCCCCGCAGCUCCUCUCCAUUCAGCUCCCAGUGGCUGUGGGUUUCAGAUGACUCCGUACGCAAGGCCAGUUUGCAGGAGGUGCUGUCAUCCAACGCCUACCUACUCUUCUAUGAGCGGGUGAGACGGCUCCGUCUACUGUUGGAGGAGUAGAGCCCUGGAGCAAUGAGCCAGACUGGACACCCACUCCCCUGCCAACCCAUACCGCCACAGAAAACACCCCUCAGAAGUGUAGUUCUCCAGGCCCAAUGGUUUACCUGUAGGAUUGUGCUUUAACAGUACUGAAGAUUAUGCUGCUCUACUUUGAUCUGUCAUAUUAAAAUCAUGAAUGUCCCCCUCGUCUUUUACGGCGAUUUAGGAGGCACUGCCUUUUAGAUCCCAGAGAUUGGACGGUUCUCAAAAACAUCUCAGAAUGGCUGGUAGUCUUUUCACAAAAGAUUUGAGUUACUUCAACCAAGACAUUUUAGGCUUAAUGGGUGUUACUAGAUUAUGAAAUGUGUCAGUGGAGGUACGUGAUAUGUAAUCACUGUCUUCAGCCAUUUCAGUCUGGAAAUAAUCACUCAUUAUAUUGUAAAAUGUCAAAUGUAGGUCUAUUUAAAAUAAUGCAACGUUUCAAUUGACAUUGUAUAUAAGCUGCUGUAUAUUUUAUUUUUCUACUUUAACAAAUGAUUCAGAAUACUUUAAUAGCAUGCAGGUGGUUUGGAUUGUAGUCUAGCUGCACGUGUCUGCAGACUAGGUACCUUUGUGUAGAAUAAUUUCUGCAGUUGUUGCACAAGAUCUCAUGGUAUCAAGCCAAUGUGUAGAUUGUUAUUUUUGUUCCUAAAUGAUAUUGAAGCAACGUGAUAGUUUUACAACUGUUUAUAGAGCAGCGAAAUUGGAAUUGAUAGAAAUGUAACAAAUUUGCCAAAGUAUUUAAAGUUGUGGUUGUACAGUGUGUACGACUAAACAAUCUAAGAGUGAGUAUUGCUCAACAUGCAUACCAGUUGUGUUGUAAAUACUGCCAUUUACUCACUCUCCUCCUAGUAUUAAAGGAUGCAACCUCUAAAUAACCCUCUAUACCCAUUUUCUGAUCAAUUUGCACUAAUGUAUAUUUUGAAGAUUUGUGUGUGUGUGAGAUCUGUCAAGAAGUUGAUUGUUUUCAUAGAUACAAUUAUGAAAAUUAAAAAUAUAUAAGUAAA